AACGGGACAAUUGCUGCACUUCCGCCUUAAACACCGGAGCGGAGUUCUGACAGCUGACUUGCCGCUUGUUUACAUUUCAAAAUAAAUUAUUAUUAGAGUGUAUGAGCAAUAUUAAUUGCUAUCUGAAGUGUUCAGCUGAAGCUGCAGUAGCAGCCAGAGCCUUGCAUACGAGUGUUGUUGAUUAUGGUGUAAGACGGAGCGCUUUCUCUGAGACAGCAGGAGAGAACGCGCGGGGCAGCCAUGCUGACUUUGGCCAGUAAGCUGAAGAGGGAUGACAGUGGAAAACCAGGUCGCUCUCCAGGGGGCCCCUCUGACUCCUCCCACAGGAUCUCAGUCAGGGAUCGACUGCUCACCAAAGAAGUUGCUGAACUUGAAGCCAACCUCCCCAGCACAUGUAAAGCCAGCUUUCCUGACGAGAACAAGCUCCACCACUUCCAGCUGGCCGUGUCUCCAGAUGAGGGCUACUACCAGAGUGGAAAAUUCCAGUUUGAAAUAGAUGUCCCUGAAGCCUACAAUAUGGUGCCUCCCAAAGUGAAAUGCCUGACCAGAAUAUGGCACCCCAACAUCGCCGAGACAGGAGAGAUCUGUUUGAGUUUGUUGCGGGAGCACUCCAUCGACGGCACAGGCUGGGCCCCCACCAGGACGUUAAAGGAUGUGGUUUGGGGACUCAACUCCUUAUUCACUGAUCUACUGAAUUUCGACGACCCGUUGAACAUCGACGCUGCAGAGCAUCACCUGAGGGACAAGGAGGAUUUUCGUAAUAAAGUUCAAGAAUACAUCAAGCUGUACGCCAGAUGAUGACAGCGUCAGCUGUGCUGGUUGCCUGCCCUCCAGCCCUCCCCCCGGCCUCUCACCAACCAACCACACACGGCCUACCUGCCCUGACUGCAAUACCACGUCGCUGGAGAAGAUGAAUAAAUGUCAAAUAUCCGACAAUGUUUUCGCUUUAAUUGUUCUGAACAGACUAUUAGUCAUGCCUAAUUAUCAUGCCUGUCAAAGCAGGAUUGUUCAAUGAGUGGGUCUCUAUGGGUGUCUUUAGCCAAUCAGAGUGGGCCAGGAUGGCAAAGAGGUCCCGGAAUUGAAACAAAGUGAUUUUUUUAAAGAGAUGUCAAAUGGAAGAGAAAGAUUAUCCGUCACAGUGUUUUCUCAGUUCUAGUGCCUGUAUUGUUUGUGUUGCAAAAGGAAAAAUGCACGCAAGCACGCAUACAAAAAAUGUGCUCACCCUCGCAUUUUGCGGAGCAAACACACAUCUCUCACACACCCCUUCCAUGUUCCUGUUUGUUGAAGGUCUACCACCCACCCCCACCCCCACCCGCCUCACAAGACAGCAUGCGAAUGACAAGUGCCACCCACUACUCCCGACUACCAACUCUACCAUCCGCCUAAUCCACCACACACACACACACACACACACACACAGCUCCUGCUUGUUGAGCACACAAUAACCCCCCCCCCCCCCCCCCUUCCCUUACCACCACUCACACACCUCGACUCCCAGGGGGUCAGGGGUCAAACUGAGGGCUCCCCAACCAGAGUCCUGUGUUCCGAUGCAAGUGUGUUUCCAAAGGCCUGUGUGAUUUGGCUGGUUUUUCUUGCAUGUGUGUCUGUACGCACGUGUGUGUGUGUGUGUAGUCGUCUGUGUCUUUGUGCUCAGUGUACGUGUGAGAGGGAAUAUGUAUCCAUGAGUGUGUGGGUUGAUUUGCUUUGCUUUGUCCGGACUGGCUUUGUGCCUCAAAUUUGAACACGAAUCAAUGUCAUUACUGUUUUUCACAUGAUUGCAUGAGACAAAGUGUAUUUAAUCAGGUGGUGGUUCAUUUUACAGUAGGUAUGUCUGAACUGUUUGAGUGUGGGUGUGUGUUGAAUUGUGCGCGUGUUUAUGCGAGUGUGUGUGUAGAAAAAUAGACUGUUGAGAUGUGACUUGCUGUCCGCAUGCUCUGGUUCCCAGCCCCAUACUCCCUGUUCCCUAGGCCCAGCUAGCCUAGCUCAGAGGGGCUGAGGAGGGGAAACCAACAGUUCAAGUCCUCCUUUCCUUUCUCAGAUUGUAUAUCAGUUUUUUAAGAUAUAAUAAAGAGGAUAUAAUA